GGUAGAAGGUAGAGGUGGUGGGAACCUUAGGUCCUCGGGUCCUUGGAGUACCCACCGCGGCAGAGUUCGCCUAGUUCCUUGCAGGGUUCCGGGCCGGUCCUUGCCCCACGCCUGCCUCCGCUGCGCCGGCUCCGCCGCGCCUUGGCUCGCGGUCUCCACCUAGUCUUAGGCCGGGAUUGAGUCCCGGGGCUCCUCCCUACCCUGUGUCCCAUGGAAGCCCACCCGCCUCGCGUCAGGCCUGGGGAUUGGCCCCCUCCACCCUGCUCCGUGUGCACCCUAGCCCACCUCCCUGCAGCCCAUCCCUCGUAUUUCGGGGCUCCAGCCCCUGGCUGGACAGGGAACCCGCUCCGCUGGGGAUCUGCGGGGCCCACAGCAACGGUUGCAUAUCUGUCCUGAGCCUGUGGGCAUCGGGCUUGCAGCACUGGCGUUGCCACUGCCCACUACGCCCCUAGUCUGACAUUCCCUCUCCACCAUCUGUAUCCUUGUCUGAUCCGGCCUCCCAGCUCCCCCAACCCUGCCGAAGCCCGCAGGGAGACAGCCCAAACUCUUCUCUCUGCUGACAGCAGAUUUCAGGUAAAGUCUUGGGGAAGAAGCAGUUGGGGCUAGAGAGGGACGUGGGGAGAAUCAGACCCCCGACUUUUCAGAAGGAGCAACCCUCCUGCACCGCGGUGCAGCAGAGUGGACAGUGAGAGAGACAGAGAGAAAGUUCUUCCUUUGCGGUUGGUUCACCCUCCAAUGGCUGCCGCGGCCGGCACACCGCGCUGAUCCAAAGGCAGGAGCCAGGCUGAGAAGAGUCCUCCUGGGACAAUAGCUGCGAACAGGCUGCCCAGGGGAUGUGGUCGUGAGGCAGAACCCCCACGUCCCCUGCAAGAAGAGGGCUCCUGGGGCCAUGGCCCAGGUCAGCAUCAACAGUGACUACAGCGAGUGGGGAGUGAGCGCAGAUGCCGGGGAGCGGGCCCGCCUGCUGCAGAGUCCCUGUGUGGAGACGGCUCCCAAGAACGAGGGGGACACCUCUCCUGGGGGCCCAGGCACAGGCACCACUUCUACGCUUGGGGCCGUCUUCAUCGUUGUCAAUGCCUGCCUGGGCGCGGGGCUGCUCAACUUCCCAGCAGCCUUCAGCACGGCCGGGGGCGUGGCGGCUGGCGUCACACUUCAGAUGGGCAUGCUGGUCUUCAUCAUCAGCGGGCUCGUCGUCCUGGCCUACUGCUCCCAGGCCAGCAAUGAGCGGACGUACCAGGAGGUGGUGUGGGCUGUGUGUGGCAAGCUGACGGGCGUGCUGUGUGAGGUGGCCAUCGCCGUCUACACCUUCGGCACCUGCAUUGCCUUCCUCAUCAUCAUCGGGGACCAGCAGGACAAGAUUAUAGCCGUGAUGGCAAAGGAGCCUGACGGAGCCGGUGGCGGCCCCUGGUACACAGACCGCAAGUUCACCAUCAGCCUCACUGCCUUCCUCUUCAUCCUCCCCCUCUCCAUCCCCAGGGAGAUCGGCUUCCAGAAAUACGCCAGCUUCCUGAGCGUUGUGGGUACCUGGUACGUCACCGCCAUCAUUAUCAUCAAAUACAUCUGGCCAGAUAAGGAGAUGACUCCCGGAGACAUCCUAACCAGGCCAGCUUCCUGGAUGGCGGUCUUCAAUGCCAUGCCCACCAUCUGCUUUGGAUUUCAGUGCCACGUGAGCAGUGUGCCCGUCUUCAACAGCAUGCGGAGGCCCGAGGUGAAGACCUGGGGCGGCGUGGUGACAGCUGCCAUGGUCAUUGCCCUCGCUGUGUACAUGGGCACAGGUGUCUGUGGCUUCCUGACCUUCGGGGCUGCCGUGGACCCCGACGUGCUCCUGUCCUACCCCUCGGAGGACAUGGCGGUGGCCGUUGCCCGAGCCUUCAUCAUCCUGAGCGUGCUUACCUCCUACCCCAUCCUGCACUUCUGUGGGCGGGCGGUGGUGGAAGGCCUGUGGCUGCGUUACCAGGGGCUGCCCGUGGAGGAGGACGUGGGGCGGGAGCGGCGGCGGCGAGUGCUACAGACGCUGCUGUGGUUCCUGCUCACGCUGCUGCUGGCGCUCUUCAUCCCGGACAUCGGCAAGGUCAUCUCGGUCAUCGGAGGCCUGGCCGCCUGCUUCAUUUUCGUCUUCCCAGGGCUGUGCCUCAUUCAAGCCAAGCUUUCUGAGAUGGAGGAAGUCAAACCAGCCAGCUGGUGGGCGCUGGUCAGUUACGGAGUCCUCUUGGUCACCCUGGGAGCCUUCAUCUUCGGCCAGACCACAGCCAACGCCAUCUUUGUGGAUCUCUUGGCAUAACCACUGCUUCCCAGGAAACCCAUGGCCUUUCCCACUGGACCCAGGAACCUAUCUCUUAGAGCAGUGGGACCACCCCAAGUCCAACGGCAUUCCAUCCAGGGGGACAACAUCCGGGCAUCCUUUGAAGGAGCAGUUCUGGGCAGAAUCAGGCCUCACACCUCUGGACAGCUCAAUCCAGCUUCCUCCCUGCUCCCCAGUCCUGGCAGUGCCAUGGGUGCUGCAGGAGGUCUCAUAUCCCAGAGGAGCCUCCUUCCUCUUCAGCUUCUCCAUGCCUGGAACCCAUCAGUGCCGGAGGAAAGAAGCCCGACUCGCUUGCCUCUGGAGAAGGCUCUGGCAAGGGGCCGCCCGCCAUCCUCCGCAGAGUAGCCUGUCCAGCGCAGGGGCUGCGCUCAUUACCAUAGGGCUCAGCGCCUGCUCCAACUCGUCAGCAGCCGUGGCAAGCAGGAGCUUCCUCUGGGAUCCGGCCACUUGCAAUGGUAGCACUGAGAUCAUACAAAUGUACAGCCGCAGGUGGAUUCUGGCCUUGCUUACCCACUCCUGGGCCCGCUUGGAGCCUGGGAGCCUCUUCCCUAUGGACAAUUAACACUUCCUAAGCCUUUAGGGUCCCCACCCUUUUUCCUUCUCUAAACCCAAUGGUCCAGGCUCACCUCCUUCCUCCCCGGACAUCUCCCAAGUGUAAUGUUUACAAGCGGUGCCAGCCCGGCUCCGAAGCCAGGGCCCGCCCCGGGCCACGGUGCUGUGAGUAUUCCUCCAUCAGCUUCCCCACGGGCGGGGAGGGGCUGCUGUUUUUCUGCCGGAUUCCAGGUGACCUCUCCUAGAGGCUGCAGACUGUGUGAUGGAGAGGCCUGGGAUCCCUGAAGGCUGGGCUGGCCUGGAGCCGGGGGACGCUCCGGGACAUCUUUCAGUGACCACUUCUCUUCGCCCCCAGCCAACCCUAAAAGGGAAAAAGCAGCUGGGUUGGCACCGAUGCGGUGACACUGGGGCUUCCCUGCCAGUCUGGAUCCUGCUCACUCGCUUCCCGCCCCCACCCCAACACUGCUGCACCUCCUGCCCAUUUUCUCUGUGUAACUGUCUCUCUCUCUCUCAUUCGGGGGAUGCCAGACCCUCUCAUCAGCUUCGUCAGCUCCUCGUGUCUCUCCCAGCAGCCUGUCAUUCAUGUUGAGUCACACCUGAAUUGUCCCAGGCGGGGUGAGCAAGGACACUCUGCCCCCACUCCAUACUCCUGCUUGGCCCCUCUCUCACCUGUCCCCUCUCACUCCAGCCAAUCCCAGGUCCCCAGUCAGGCUUCCCUCUCCUGGAACCCCAGCAUUUCUUUGGUCUCCCCUGCCCCACACCUCUAGACUGGGCAUAAGAGGGACCCCUACCGUGCAGCGCCCCGCUCAGGGCUGUCUGAUCUGAGGCACAAACGUGAGCGAGUGGCCGGCUAGGCUCCUGCUGAGUCUCCAGCCCGGAGGAUGCCUUUUCCCACACUGCCUCUCGGUGCCUGUCCUUCCCUGGCCCAGGGCCAGCCUGCUCUGCUGUUUCCUCUCUGCCUCCUGCGCACACCAGCCCUCCUGCCACGGCCAGAGGGACAGCUGGCCACAGCCUCCAGUGCUAUGUUUCACACUGAGGGGCACAGGAGGGCACCCUCUGCACAGGGUGCGGCAGAGGGGAGAAAGCUGGCACCCGGCCUCUCCAUCUAACCUCAGGGGCCCCGCCCGUGUCCUCCCCCUCCCCGCCAGGGCAUGGUUCACUGUUUCUUUUCUACUUGUGCACACUUGGAGAAGGGAGGAUGAGUAAUAAAAGGCAUUCAUGCUGCUGAGCUCACGCCCCAUGCCUGGUGCUGGGGACAGGGGUGGGGCAGCUGGUAGGAGGAAGAAAGCCAGGGGCUGGAGCUGUAGAAGGCGCCUCGUCCAUGACUGCUGUCUCAGGAAUACACCCCUUUGCUCCCUUCACCAAGCGGAACCCUUUUCUGCCCCAUCCCGUCAGUCCUUGCCACCUGCUGGGAAUGUCUGUGUCCAGGCCUGCUACCUCUGCCUUGAGUCACGCCCUCUCUCUGUCUUUCCCGCACACCUGUGACCUCACACUGGCUCCGUGCUGCCUGUCCCUCCCCAGCCACGAAUCUUGGGGUGGUCAUCAAGCCCUAAGCACCUAUGCCCUGGCUUUUCAGAGGCACGGUUGAGCAGGCCUCGCUGUCCUUGUUACAGACCCAAUCACCACACUCAGUGCUGGCAAGAAAAUCACUGGCAACAGACUCUGGGACUGCUCUCAGUCUGCUGGGAAGACUGAUGCUAAGCAAAUAGUCACACUAAGAAUGUACUUGUGAAUUGUGGUCAUCUGUAUCCCUUCCUGGGGAAAUACAGAAUGUUCUGUUUGGGCCUUGGCAUUUGGGGAAUCCAGAAAGACUUCCUGGAGAAAGUGUUGUUUGGCCCCUGAGUAAUGAUUGAGAAUUAACUAAAUAAACAGGUGGGGAGAACUGCUCAA